UUUUUUUUGUAAAAAGUUUUGUUUAUCUAACUUAUUCGUUUUCUUUAUUACAUAUUAUAUAGUAUGGACAGUAUCAUCAAAAAGGAAAUGGCAUCUAUACCUUAUAUACCUGUGGAAUUAUUAUCUAUUCACCCAACCAUAACUGACUAUGCAACUGAUAGAACUCUUUAUUUUACUCAUGUUGUUCUUCCUCAACAAGCACAAUGGAUGGUUAAGAAAUUCCGAGGAUAUAAUAGUGCAAGGACUUUAUACAAUGAAAUAUCAGCACCUCUUUAUCAGUGGCUUCAGGAUCCUGAAACAGCAAUCAAUCAAGAUCUACCUUAUCCUCGACUUUACAUCAGCAAAAAUCGAACAUAUAUCAAGGAAGCCGCCGAUCAUUCAUCCUCUAGUUGUUUUGUAUUGAUAUGGGAUGUGGAAAUUACAGAUGCGCCUUCUACUUUGAAACGGGAUGAUAUUUUUCUUCUUACCACCAAUGUCACUCUGGGCUAUCCUUUUAGUGAAUCCAUCAACAUGUUUAAUCCUCCACCAAUCAGUCAACCUGAUGCAUCGAACGACAUCCUACCAAAAGCAUAUGUUAAAUUCCUUCCUCUCAAAACCCAUUACAAGGUCAAAUGUCUCAUAUCGAAACAAAUGGAAUCCACGUUCUUACGCCGUCCACAUGUCACUCAUCGUGUCAUCGCCAAUCAAAAUAUCAAUGGGACAGUCGACGAAUUUUUAACACGGCAAAUGGUACACUCUUUAUGGACAGGAGAACAUCAUUUAGAUCUACCAGAAAUUUAUUCUAUAUCAGACACCAAUACUACAACUCACAAGAAAGAAAAGUCAUCUAUAUCAUCAACUUCUUCAACAUCAUCACCAACAACAGCAAAGUCAUAUCAAGCAUCACAUUUAGCAUCAAAUCAUUCAGCAUCACAUCCAGCAUCAAAUCAUUCAGCAUCCACAACUACUACUUUAUUCACUCCAAGUGACACCAAAAAAGAACAGAUAUCAAGGACAGUCAAUAAUCAAAUACCCUCACUAUCAUCACCAACAUCAUCGUCAGAUGUCAAAACAUUAGAAAAUUUAACAACGGGGAUGAAUGGUGACAGAUCACAAAUGAUUACCAAGACAGCUGUCCCUUCUGCGGAAGAAGAAGAACAAUUCGAAAAUAGUCUCAGAAUUUAUCGUGAACGUUGCAAUACUCUAUUUGAUGAUUUGAAGAAAUGUAAGUGGAUAUGAACAAAUGGAUUAUAUAUAGAUAUAUACUGAUAUUUUAAUUAUUUUAGAUGCGAAAAGUGUUGGUGUCCAGGUGGUGAAUGUUAAAAAGUAUUUGG